UGGGUGGUUCCAAUAUUCCUACUUGAAUAAUGUUGAAUCACCCUUAGGAUAUGUUGCCUGCUUUUUAAAUUUGUCUUUUGACGUCUUAUCUGUGAUACGCAGGCUUCAUAACCUCUGAUCCCCUUUCAAAAUUCCAUAUUAUUUAGUUCCGCCCAUUGUUUUCUCGUUUAGGGCACACACUUUUUAUUACUUGGGGACCAUACGCCGCUUUUCAUGGAAUGGCACGGAAGUGUCACAUUGAAGGUUCCAUGUUUACCGCCGUAUGAACACAUCUGCGGAUGUUUCUAAAUUCAAAAUUUUACUAUUUCAUGUUUAAAUGUUGAAUUCUGCUUAAGCCGGUGCUAGGGGGCGUGGACGGUAAUUUGCACUUUCCAGUACCGUCCAUGAACAGGCUCAAUCAAACCGAGCCUGCAACAUUUUCAAUUUUGCCGUGUUGGGCUUUCUUUAGGGAUUCUGUGUUUAUCUAUUGUUUGCCUGUACGCCAAUUUAUUUGUGUCAGAAAUAUCAUUGAGAAAUGAGAUUGAGAAAUGAGAUGAUCGACCGCCUCCGUGGUCGAAGGGUUAGAGACGAUGACUUCUUAUCAAGUUACCUCUCUGGCGAGGGUUCGAUCCCCGGGAGAUGCUUUGGCACGGAGUUUAGCACGGAGGAAGGUAGUCUAGUACUGGUGUAACUCUCCAGGAACGAUGGUUAGGAAACUGCCCGCCUGUAUGACUGAAAUACUGUUGGGAAAAGGCGUAAAAUGAAACAAACAAAUGAGAUGAUCGAGCUCUGUAUUAGAGAAUUUAAUUAUGCAAUCUCAACAACUUCUCGACCCAGGCUACAACAACAGAUUGCUAAGCUUCUACAAAUUUUCUUCUUAAAACGCCGUUUCAUCUAUUCACACCAUGCUGACUACAUAAAAUGUUACAAUCACAUUGACGUUGUGCCUAUAUACACAUAAUAAAGGUAUCUUUACAAGAACAGAUAAAACAUGUAUUAUUCAAUACUCGUAUGUUAUCAGCUGUUACUUUAUGACUUAAGUUCAGGUACGAAAACGAGAAAAUCAUUCCGGAAAUAAAUCAAAGGAUAGGAUUACUUGUUUUCGAAUCAGUAAAUAUUGAAAUUUGAAAUGAUACAUGAUUGUAUAUUUUCUUGGUUAAAUAUGUUUAAACUAAAGAAAUGUACUGAUAUGUAUAGCCUAACAGAGAUGUGGCACGUACACAGUAUCAGGUAUAUCAAUGAUCUUUAAGCACACCUGAAGACAUAAUGAUAUGACAAUAAUUUUGUUGAAACUGCCCUUCUUUUCUUACAAUGCCCCACUAGUGCCGUGGUCCAAUUUGGCUGGAUAAUGUGGGAACUGUUUUACACCAUGUAAAUAUCUGCAUUUCUCAAGAACAAUUAGUUAAGAAAUAAUAUAUCCCAAACUCAAUAAAAUCAAUGUUUAGAGUUCGGAUGCCAGGAAUUAUAUUACGAGGGGGUAGCCCGAGUGAUUUAAUUAUGCGCAUCCGAACGACAAACAUUGAUUUUAUCAAGCAAUAAAAUCACCGAUUUGGAUAUAUUACUUCAAUUUAAACACGACUACAACAAAUAAAUGCUCCCGUUCCUGAUAUUAAGCUUAAUUGCGCCUAAUUUGUUUUCAUACUUAUUUUCAGCGCGUCGCACUUUUAGUGGUAACGUCACAUGAAUAUAAUUAUUACGUCAUAUGCCUAAAUAUGGAACGUCAACAGAGAUUUUAUUGCAUAAUAACACACACUUUUGGUUCUUCUAUGUUCAAUAGGGAAACAUGUGGGUCGUGUUAGAAUAUUAAUUAAUGCAUUGUAACGCUAAUAAACUAAUAUACGAACAUAUUUGUGUGUGUGUGUGAUAACGUAAUAAAUUAUGCAAGUUUCUCAGUAGGCUAUCUACAGCCGAUUUAGGUUAAAAAGAUAACACAUUCAAACACUACUGUAUACAAGAUUGUCGGUUCGUGCUGAACAUUUACAAAUAAACUUUUCACCAUGGCAAACGAUCUCAUCGACAGUUAUAUUAAAAUAACAGUUGAAGAUGAGAUACAUUCUGAAUUUCUUACAAUUGUGGACUGUUUAAAGCAUUACGCAAACACUCAGUCUGAGACUGAGGCUUUCGUCUUUGCAUCAACGGACGGUUCAAGGCAAUCUGUAACAUGGAGUGAGUUGUACAAUAAGUCUAAAGCUGUCGCGAAGUCGUUUGUUCAUCUAGGAGUAAAGGAAAAGGAGGUUGUAGCUAUGAACAUAAGGAAUUGUCCGGAAUGGCUUUACGCCAGUUAUGGAGCUAUAAUUGCCGGAGCAAUUCCAAUAAGCGUAUCGUUUACGUACGUCGAUGGAAGUGACCUUGUGGCAUUGAUGGACAAAUUGCAGAUUUGUUCACUACUGGUCAUGGAUCCAGGUCUCGAGAAUAUAAAUUGGGAUAUUGUACGAAGACUCCUAGAUAAUUUUAACGCUAAUGGUACUGUAAAAAGUAGUAAAAUGCCUUAUCUUCGGUAUUUGGUCGGCGUCUCAUUCGAUCAGGUCGAUGCUCAACUUCUGAAAUUCAUUGACCUUGUUCAUGACAUCAAGUCUGGUAUUACUCUUCCAAAAGUAAGUGCAAAAAAUACAAUUUCACUUUUCCAAACGUCAGGAAGUACCGGAGUGGCAAAACUUGUUGCUCAUAGUCAUGAAGCCUUUUUUAAAUGUGUCACAGGAAAACAUGCUGAAUAUUUGGACGCCAAAUACAAACAUUUCAACGAUCGCCCAUUUGCAUGGCUUGGUGGAUAUCCUUUAUCAGUUAUCACAGGGCAAACAAGGGUCGCGAUUUCUGGAUUUUGCAAACCCCCAAAAGAUAGAGUUUCAUUUAUGAUAGAGGUGAUUCAGCGAGAGAGAUGUUCAUCAAUAGUUAGUGAUCUACCCUCAGAUUGGCCAGUAAUUAUCAUAGCAAGUGGUGGUCAGCCUAUGACGAAGAAAAUCACAUCGUGCAUUGGAAAAAGCUGCAAAUAUCUUCUUUGUAUGUAUGCUGCCACAGAGUUUGUUUACCUUGCAAAGUCUUUGAUCGCUGAUCCUGAAAACUUCACAGAAUAUUCAUGUGGGAAACCCAUGCAGUUUCCUGGACUGGAAAUAAAAAUUGUCAAUGACGAUGGAAAAAUUGUCCCAGUCAACACAAGAGGUGAAAUAUACUGCCGCUCACCAGCACUGUUCAAAGAAUAUUUCAACGACCCAAUAAAAACUAAUGCCGUGAAAUCGGUAGACGGAUGGUUCAGAACUGAUGAUAUAGGCAGAUUAACCGAAUGUGGAGAACUUUUUGUUGAAGGUCGGAAGUCCAACAUGAUACUUUCAGGUGGAUUCAAAGUGGCUCCUGAAAUUCUGGAACAAGUGAUAAAGAAUUUCCCCGGUGUUGAGGGUGUAGUUAUCGUACCUGUCCCUGACGAUAUUUACUUCCAGGUAUUGUGCGCAUGCGUUGUGAAGAAAGCAGGAAGUGACGUGACAGAAGAAGAGCUGCGAAAGGUUUGCUCCAAUUACCAUGCCGACAAGCCAGGGUUAUUCACAGUCCUUCCAAAAUUUUAUUUGUUCUUUGAAAAAUUUCCAGAAACAAGCACUGGAAAGCUGAAUCGAAGGGAGCUUGAAAAGAUUGCAACUCAGCGUUUCGAAUCUACGUCGUAGAUAUUUAGUAUGUUGUUUUAUUUUUUUAAGACUUUUCUAAGACAAUGUCGCAGCUUUUAUCGACAGUUUUAUUAUAAUGGAUCUAUUAUAAAUAUGCAAUAUUUGGAAUUACAAU